AUGAAUAUAAUUAAGUAUUACCGAAAGACCUUACUAAGGCCCACAUUUGCAUUUUUCUGGAAAAAAGAAGUUAAUUAAUAAAAGACUGGAAUAAACGAUGAGAAAAAUUAAAAUUAAACUGGUGGUAUAAAAUUUUAUUAGAUUAAGAAUGGAAGGGAAAAGAGGAAUAUUUAGCUGAUCUUAGAAAAAAGAGAGAAGAAUAUGAAAAAAUGAAAAUAAAAAAUGAAAAAGAAGUUCGUACAUAAACUAUACGAUAAGCAAGAGAACAUGAAGUUAAUUAUGGAAAAGUGGAUUUCGCAAAAGUUUUUAUUGAUAACAUAAAUAUCUAAUAUUCUAGUGAAUUUAAGCAUCCAGAAGAAAUGUUUAAUUUUCUAGGAACACUCAAAGUACAAUUAACUGAAUAAAAUUUAAUGUCCUGCGUUAAUGCCUUUAUUUAGUUUGCAGAUAAAAUUACAGAAGAUGAUUUAAUAAGAUAUGAAUUUUAAGAAUUUUAAGCAAUCUUAACUAAAUAAAUAAGAAUAAUAAGCAAUGUUGAUAAUUUAGUAAAAAUCACAAAAUUACUUGAUAUAUUAUGUUUGCCAUCUGAGCAUGAAAUUUGGGGCUAAUUAGAAAUUUCUAUUUUGAAUAGAAUGUCUAAAUUGACUUUAAAUUAGCUUUUGGAAAUCUUAUCUCAUUUAAGCAAUUAAAAAGAAGGUUCAGAUUAAUUUUGGGAUUAGUGCGAAAAUUAAAUUCAGGAUGGACUUAAUAAAUUGCAUGAUAUAAAUUAACAAUACCAAUUAGUUAUUUAAACUUUAAUGUGCUAUUGGAGAGUUUAAAGAGGGUAACUUAUCAAAAUCAAUAAAUAGAACCAAAUAAUUUAUAAGGGGUUUAAUAGGAAUAAUGUUGUAAAAUUCAAAAGAUUAGACAAUUUAUUAAGAAUUACCAUUAAAUUCUAUAAUUUAAGGUGUUCUUGUUAUGGGAUAACUCUGUGAAAAAUAGGAUACAGUUGAUAUUGUUAAGAGUUAACAAUUCAAAAAUUAUUUUAUUGAUGUAGAAUAACAUUUGUUAAAAUAAUUUGAUACUUUGAAUUUCGAAUAAAUUUGCUUAAUAAGUUAAGGGUUUGGAUUUGAAUUCGGAAGUGAAAAAUUUCUGUAGAAAUUGGAAAGUAAAAUUUUAGAAAACUUUGAUAAAUAUGAUUUAUAAGAGUUAAAACUGAUAGUUAAAAGCUUUUUGCUUUCAUAUAGAGGUUCAAAGUAAAAUGACAUUAUAAAAUAAUUAGGAAAUUGUUUAAAAUUAUGAUGAACAAAAUUUCUUCUUUAAAACAUGAAUUUACAUCAACAGAAUUAGCGGAGAUCGUAAAAUCCUAUUAUAUUACAGAAAAUGACAACUAAGAGUUUUAUGUUGACAUUGAAAGAAAAAGUAUCUAUGAUAUUUAAUCAGUUUUAUAGAGAUUAAAAGAGGUUAGAGAAAUAACACCUUCAGAAAUUUAUGAAAUUGCAUACAGUUAUUUAAUUACAAGAAUAGGAUCAAGAGAAUUUUAUAAAUUAUUGGAGAUUGUAUUUGAUCAAAUAUAAAAUUUAGGUUAUAACUUUUAGAUUUGAAGAUUUGAGAUAGAAUGCUAUUUUAAUGAGUAAAUUACAUGAUUUAUACUUAAAAAGUGCACUUUGUGACACAAAACUCAUAGAAAGGAUGGCCUCUGUUUUGUGA